CUGUGCCCACUUGGCCUGCGGCACAGGACGGAGGUCCUUCCGGCUCGCGCUCGAGGCGGGCGCCUGGGCCUUCCCAUCCCGCAAAAGCCCCCUCCUUUCCUGCAGUUUGCAAACUUGGAGAGGGACCCCCGCGUUCAUCUGUUGGGGAGUGGCGGGUGUUCCGGGUGGCUUUGAAUCCCCCAUCAUCUCCAGCCGUCCCCUAAUCCGAGCACCGAGAGGAUGAUGCAUGUUUGCACGUGUCAAGGCACAUGCAGCCCGUUUGUAGGCCCCACCCAAGCCCCUUUCCUGUAGAAAUUCAGAAGCUGCCCCCGGAACCACGAGGUAGGACUGAAGUUUAUCCGGAACUUCGACGUGGGCCUGAAAUUUCUCCGGCUUUGGCAGAGGAGAUUCUCGCUGUUGUGCCAGUUGCCAGCGACGCUUCAUGAUGGGAGACAUUCUGGCUCAUGAAUCGGAGUUACUUGGACUAGUAAGAGAGUAUUUAGAUUUCGCCGAGUUUGAAGACACCUUGAAAACGUUUUCAAAAGAGUGCAGGACCAAAGGAAAGCCGUUCCCCAAGCCCACUGGGGCGUCUUUGAGAGACUCCACGCCACUCAUCAUCCAGAAGGAGCUCCUCGCCGCCUUCGACAGCGGAGACCAGAAGGCCUUCUUCCGUCAGUGGGAGCAGCACGUCCCCAGUGCCGUCCGAGACGGGGACUCGCUGGCCCAGAAGCUGGAGUUCUAUCUUCACAUCCACUUCGCCAUCUACCUGCUGAAGCACUCCCGAGGGAGGCCUAAAGCAGGCAGUCGGACUCUCUGA